AUGUCGCGCUCCAGCCACGCCCUGGACGUCUCGCCGCCCGUUCAUCGCGGUAUGGCCGUGCUCGAUAAGGCUGCGUUCCGCAAGUCUAUCCCCAUCCUCGCCGUGAAGGUCCCGCCCGAGGCGGUCAGCACGUUCCUGAGCUCGAAGGUCCUCAAGAACGCGCUUCUGAAUGUGCGGAAGGUAAAAAGCGUUACGCCUGCGGAGGACGGGGGCAGGCUCGUGUUGCUCAGGGUGCAAAAUCAGAGCAAGACAGCCGACUUGUCUCCCGAGGCGAGCGGGCUUAUAGAGAAGCAGAAUGCGGAGCUGGUCCCGUAUACACUGGAGUUUGAUUAUGAUUACUGGCUUGCAGAUGAGAUUCUUCACUCCGUACUACCCGAGGACUUAGUCCAGGGUGCACCUUCGGGGUUUGCAGCGAUGGGGCACAUCGCGCACUUGAAUCUGACCGACGAAUACUUGCCAUACAAGCACCUCAUAGGUCAAGUCAUCUUGGAAAAAAAUUCCAAUGUCAAAACCGUCGUGAACAAGGUUAAUACAAUCAGCAACCAGUUCCGUGUUUUCCCCAUGGAACUGCUCGCAGGAGAGCCCAACUACGUCGUCGAGCACCACGAGUCAGAUUGCACGUUCACCUUCGACUUCAGCCAGGUCUACUGGAAUUCACGGCUUCAAACCGAGCACGCGCGCCUGGUCGAGCAGUUCUCGCCCGCAGACGUGGUUGCGGACGUGUUCGCCGGUGUCGGGCCCUUUUCCAUUCCAGCGGCCAAGCGGGGAUGCGCCGUGCUCGCGAAUGAUUUGAACCCCGUCAGUUACAAGUACCUAGUGCAGAAUAUUGCCAACAACAAGGUUUCGACGUUCGUCCGACCAUCGUGCAAAGACGGCCGAGAAUUCAUUCGCGAGGUGUUCAACGCGGCAUAUGAUGAUCCCUUACCUCCCGCUCCCCGCCCCAAAAUAAGCAGGUCAAAGACAAAAGAGCAGAACAAGCAGGCGCGCAUAGCGGGCACGCAAAAGGCCUCGUUGCCUCCCUCACCGCCGGCGUCGCCGCGCAGACGCAUCACGCAGUUCGCGAUGAACCUGCCCGCGACGGCGAUCGAGUUCCUUGACGCGUUCCGUGGCGUGCUCGCACCCGGCAACGCGGGGGAGCGGCCGAUGCGCGAGCUGUACGAUGCGCCGGAGAGGAUGCCGAAGGUGCAUUGCUAUUGCUUCACGAAGGAACUGGAGCCCGAGCGGGCGGACGUGGAUAUUCGACGGAGGGUGGAGGAAAUGCUAGGUGCGCCGCUAGGCAAGGAGACGUCGACUUACUUGGUACGCUCGGUCGCGCCGAACAAGGAGAUGUACUGUAUCAGCUUCCGAUUGCCGUACGAGGUUGCGUUUGCGGCUUGA